UGAGAAGUACGACUUGACGUCAUCUUGCGUCAGUUUGCUUUGGCCAAGAUGGCUCCGUGUGGACGUGUUCCGGUGUUGCUGUUGUUAACUAUUUUGCUGUUAAUUUUUGAUUGUGGGAUGCUUGCAUUGCCUGAGUCAGAUAACUCUCCUUUGCAUAGUGAGAUGGAUGUAGGGAAAGUAAAUCGAAUGGACCCUGCCUUGCCUGCCCGUCGUCCUUCUACUUGGAAACUGGCAGAUGAGGAGGCCUGCCGGGAGGACGUGAUCCGCAUCUGCCCGAAACACACCUGGAGCAACAACCUGGCUGUUCUGGAGUGUUUGCAGGAUAUCAAAGAGGCUGACAAUGAGAUCUCUUCUGACUGCAAUCAUUUACUGUGGAACUACAAGUAUAACUUGACUACUGAUCCCAAGUUUGAAGCAGUGGCAGCAGAUGUUUGCAAGUCAACUAUAGCAGAGAUAAAAGAAUGUGCUGAUGAAGAACGUGGCAAAGGAUAUUUAGUCUCCUGUCUUGUGGAUCAUAGGACCAACAUCACUGAAUAUCAGUGUCAUCAAUACAUCACCAAAAUGACUGCAAUUAUUUAUAGUGAUUACAGACUGAUUUGUGGCUUCCUAGAAACCUGUAAGGCAGACAUUAACAGACUGCAAUGUGGGAGCAUACGAGCGACAGACAAGGAUGUCCACUCUCAAGGAGAAGUUGUGGCUUGUCUGGAGAAAGCCUUGGUUAAAGAAGCAGAACAACAAACACCUCAGUACCAGAUCACGGAAGACUGUAAGAAAUCCAUCCUUCGUGUAGCAGAACUUUCAUCAGAUGAUUUUCAUUUGGACCGAUACUUGUAUUUCUCUUGCCGAGAAGACCGUGAGCGGUUUUGUGAAAAUACACAAGCGGGGGAAGGAAGAGUGUACAAGUGCUUGUUUAACCACAAGUUUGAAGACUCCAUGAGUGAAAAAUGCCGUGAGGCAUUAACUACUCGUCAGAAACUCAUUGCACAAGACUACAAGGUUAGCUAUUCAUUAGCUAAAGCCUGUCGCUCUGAUUUAAGGAAAUAUCGUUGUAAUGUAGAAAACCUUCCCCGGUCUCGGGAAGCAAGGCUGUCAUACCUACUGUUGUGCCUUGAAUCAGCAAUGCAUAGAGGUCGGCAGGUGAGCAGUGAAUGCCAAGGUGAAAUGCUAGACUACCGCCGUAUGCUAAUGGAAGAUUUCUCAUUAAGUCCGGAGAUCAUAUUGAACUGUCGGGGAGAAAUUGAACAUCAUUGCUCAGGCCUUCACAGGAAGGGACGUACACUUCACUGUCUGAUGAGAGUCACACGAGCAGAGAAGACCAACAUUGGUGUGAGCUGUCAGCAGGCAGUAAGUUCAGUCAUUGAAACAGUUUCCAGCUUUUUGUCUGAAGAAGUGAUUUGUUUUGUCAUGCAUGUCUAUACUAGUCAAUACUUGGCUGGUCAGCAGAAGUUUACGUGUUACUUCAUGAGGCAGGUACAAGUAUUGUAUAUAUACAUAUAUAUUUUUUGUUUCUUCAGGAUCUUAUCAUGCCUCAUGGAGCAUUUGUAUACAGAAAAGAUGGUGGAAGACUGUGAGCAUAGGCUGCUAGAACUGCAGUAUUUCAUUUCUCGUGAUUGGAAAUUGGAUCCAAAUCUGUACCGCAAGUGCCAGGGUGAUGCAUUCCGGCUGUGCCAUGCCCAAGGCUGGAACGAGACAAAUGAAAUGGUCAUGCCUUCAGGUGCUAUCUUUUCUUGCUUAUAUCGGCAUGCAUACCGUACAGAAGAUCAGGGAAGAAGGUUGUCUAGAGACUGUAAGUCUGAAGUGCAGCGAAUUCUACACCAGAGGGCAUUGGACGUUAAACUGGACCCUGGCCUGCAGGAGAAGUGUCUGGUUGACCUUGGGAAAUGGUGCAAUGAGAAAACCGAGGCAGGACAGGAACUUGAAUGCCUUCAGGAUCAUCUUGAAGACCUCCUAGUUGUCUGUCGAGAAGUAGUGGGAAAUCUGACAGAACUAGAGUCUGAGGAUAUUCAGAUUGAGGCCUUACUGAUGAGAGCAUGCGAGCCAGUCAUUCAAGCCCACUGCCAUGAGGUGGCAGAUAAUCAGAUAGACUCUGGAGACCUAAUGGAGUGCCUCAUCCGUAACAAGUACCAGAAGGAGAUGAAUGAGAAGUGUGCAAGUGGAGUCACUCACUUUCAGCUGGUUCAAAUGAAAGAUUUUCGAUUCUCUUACAAGUUUAAGAUGGCCUGCAAAGAGGAUGUGCUAAGUCUAUGCCCCAAUAUUAAAAAAAAGGCAGAUGUUGUACUCUGUCUCAGUACCACAGUCCGGAAUGACACACUUCAAGAAGUCACUCACAGAGUUUCAGUGAAAUGUCGUAAACAGCUCCGUGUGGAAGAGCUGGAAAUGACAGAAGAUAUUCGUUUGGAACCUGAUCUAUAUGAUGCUUGUAAAACUGACAUUGGGAAAUUCUGUCAGGGUGUACCAUUUGGAAAUGCACAGAUUGUAGAAUGCCUAAAGGAAAAUAAGAAACAGCUGACCUCCCGCUGCCAUCAAAAUGUAUUUAAGCUUCAGAAAGUUGAAAUGAUGGAUCCUGAACUUGACUAUACACUUAUGAGGGUUUGCAAACAAAUGAUCGGUAAGAUGUGCUCAAAAGUAAGGAGUGAGAAACUGUCGAAGGCCUUGGAGAGAUCAAGGAAUACUGAGGCUAUGGAGGAAAAGGCUAAAUCUAUGCAAACUGUUAAAGAUUUCACACAGAACACUGAUUAUCGCUUAAAUCCCAUCUUGAGAAAAGCAUGUGAUGCAGACAUUCCCAAGUUUUGUCACUCCAUUCUAAAUAAAGCUGAUGAGUACACUGAACUAGAAGGGCAGGUCAUUUCCUGUUUAAAACUCAAGUAUGCCGAACAGCGUCUGUCUCCAGAUUGUGAAGAUCAGAUAAGAGUAAUCAUUCAGGAGUCUGCUCUGGAUUAUAGACUUGAUCCCCAGCUCCAAAUACAUUGUUCGGAAGAAAUCACUACUUUAUGUGCAGAGGAAGCUGCAGCUCAGGAACAGACAGGGCAAGUGGAGGAGUGCCUGAAAACCAAUCUCUUGAAACUUAAAUCUGAGGCCUGCAAAAAGGAGGUACUGAACAUGCUGAAGGAAAGCAAAGCCGAUAUAUUCGUAGAUCCUGUACUUCAUUUAGCCUGUGCUCUUGAUAUCAAGCACUUUUGUGCUGCGAUUCCACCUGGCAAAGGACGACAAAUGUCCUGUUUGAUGGAAGCAUUGGAAGAUAAACGUUUACGACUACAGCCAGAAUGCAAAAAGAGGUUGCAAGAUCGGAUUGAAAUGUGGAGUUAUGCAGCAAAGGUGGCUUCCGCAGAAGGAUUUUCUGAUCUUGCUAUGCAGGUGUUGACUUCUCCAUCUAAGAACUAUAUCAUAUCAAUGAUUGCCUUGAGCGUCUGCUUCCUCUUCUUGAUUGGCCUAGUUUGUGGUCGUUUUUCCAAGCGGGUGACACGAGAACUCAAGGACAGGUAGAGUUCCUAUUGCACAAGCACUCCAACUCAGCAGCACCUUUGUACAACCUCCUGUUUAGCAUUUUCCCCAUGGUGGCGGAAGGGGAAAGAUUAGAACAGCAGCAGAUGCCAGUACGAUUUCUUCUGAGCCUUUCCUCCAUCUGUGAUCUGAUCCUUGCCAAUUAUUCAUCAUACAGAAAGAGGAAGAAAAAAGUUCUGCAAUUUUUUUUUUUUUUUUUUUUUUGGCAGUUGCUGCUUUCUAUUUCAAGAUUGUUUUAUUCUCCUGACUACAGAUUCUGUUCUUUUCUGUAUAUUGCAGCAGCAUUCAUCCUACUAACAUUGGAUUAGCUGGACCUAUAAAUCCAGCAGUACUUGAGACAUUUUGUUACUGGCUACCCUGGGCACUUUCCUAUGCGGAUCGUUCUUGUCUGUGGGAAAUUACAUCUUGUUUUUUUUUGACACCAUAGCCUUGCACAUCCAUUCCACAAGUCAGAUUUGCAAGACUGAUAAAUUUGGAACUCUUGACUUUUUGGAGCAUCUCAGAUGAAUGCUGUCUUCAUUGUAGACCAAGUUAAACCUUGGGUUCAUCAGAGUAAUACAACACUGAUAGUGUUCAUGGUUGAGAUGGUUAAUAAGGGUGGCCUUGAAAAUGUCAUGGUUAAGAACUCUGGCACUGCACUAGUUUUUACAGUUAAGAAUGAAGCUGAAGCUUAAUGUCAUUCCCACACUUUAAGAAGAGAUUUAAUCUGUAAUUCUGUUGCAUUUCUGUUGAUAAAGACUGCAGAUAAAGAAUAAAGCUUUACUGUUUUUUUUAGAAAUUGGAAUGGGCCCAAAUUGGACAAGGUCAGAGCUGGAGACCAAGCCAAAAUUAUUCCUCACAAAGCUUUUUUUUUUUUGCUCAAGCUGAAAUGGGUGGGUGGGAAUAAGUAGUUUAUGUUGUGCUUGUAUGACUUUUGAGAUUUUAGUAAAUUUAAACUGAGUUGCUGCUGACCUUUCCAGCAACUGUCCUUUGAAAAGGACAAGAAAGAAGAGUAUAAAGUGCCUGGGGAGGCAGUUCUGGAUCUGAGCCUCUUGGUCAAGUUGAUUAUCAGCUCCAAAUAUUUGCUGACAAAGCAGAUGUGUCCUGUUUUGGUGGUGGAAAGAAUGAAAAUAGGAAAUAAUUGUAAUUUCUAUUAAUUUAGAUAUAUUUUAAUUAUUCUAAUGACGAGUCAUGUUCGCAAAUCUGUGGUGAUUUUUUUUAAUUGGCAAUGAUGAAGAAAAUCCAUUUUAUUCAUCAGAAGCAGGACUUUGCUGCUGUGUUGCACAGAAUACCUUAAAUGACAGGGGGGUUGUUGUUUGCUAAGGUAAAAUGUAUGAUUUAUGGCUGUUGUAGCAGGUUUCCAUUUCAAGUCAGCAGACGUGUGCAUCAGUGUCCCUUAAAUUCCCAAUGGUAAGGAGUUUUAAACACAGAAAAAAGGAAUCCGGAGCAAAUUUAUUUCUGGUCUUGUGCCCUUGUUAAAAUUUCUGCAAGCGGAAAAUAUGAUGACUUUUCCUUGAAAGACGUAUUGGAACUUACCAGUCAUGUACUGUUACCUGGAUCCAAGAACUGCUUUCAUUUUAUUUCAUUUCUGAAUGAUUAAGUGUUCAGGAGAAAACAUUGUGUAUAGAGCAGGGAGUCUUACUGAUAGUGUAGCGAAAGUGGCAUCAACAGGACUCUGCUGUUUUGCAUUCUCCUUUUACCUGUUUGUAAAGGUACUUGAAAAUGGAUUUUAAUUUAAUAAAACCUGGAAGGUGAAUAUUUCAUUUCCAAAUA